AUGUUUCCUCUGGCCAGAAGGAAUGAAGACAGUCUGUUUCAUUGUUUGACGGUUGGCGCUCUCUGUCCCCCAGGGCCAGCCGAAGUUCCGAUGAUGUCACCAAACGGUUCCAUUCCCCCGAUCCACGUACCUCCUGGUUACAUCUCCCAGGUUCUGGAGGACAACACUGGGGUUCGCAGGGUUGUGGUCACCCCCCAGUCCCCUGAAUGCUACCCCCCGAGCUACACGCCGGCCAUAUCUCCCACCCAUCACCUGGCCCCCUACCUGACCCACCCCCACUUUAUCCCCAACUCCCACUCACCAUUCUACCCCCCGGUCAGCCCUGGCGACAUGCCUCAUCAGUACUACCAGCACCACCUCCCCCCCAUCUACGGCGAAGAGAUAAUCCCAGUGUACGGCAUGUCCAGCUACAUCGGGCGGGAUGAGCAGUACAAGCCGCAGACUAAAAAGGGCAAGCUGGACCGCCAGAACCGGCUCAACAGUCCCCCCUCCUUCCUGUACAAGAGCAACGCCGGUUGCGCCACUGUGUACAACGGCAAGAGCCAUGUGGGCGGAGGAGGGGUGGGAGGCGGAGGCAGCCCCGGUGCCAAGAAGCCCGACCGUCGUGCCAGGAGCAGCCCCAGAGCCACUGACCAGGAUCCACAAGAUCAUGAUUCAGAGGCUAAAAGGGUUCAGGACGUGCUUUCAGGAAUCGAAAAGCCACAGGUGACAAACAUCCAGGCACGUUCGGCCCGACUGACCUGGGCCCCGCCGGCGGGCUUUCUGAACCGGGACCGGACCAGCAAUGGCCUGCCGUACUCCUGCAGCUACGAGGUGUCGCUGUCCGACAAGGGCCGCGACGGGAAGUACCGCGUCAUCUACAGUGGGGAUGAAAGAUCAUGUAACCUGACGGAUCUGAGACCAGCAACAGACUAUCAUGUGAGAGUGAUCGCCGUGUGCAACACUGUGAGGGGCUCCUGCUCUGAGCCGGCGGUCUUCAGCACCCUCAACAGCUUUCCAGACGCCCCCCUCCCCCCCAAACUGUCCCACAGAACCAAGAGCAGCCUCACGUUGCAGUGGAAGGCCCCGGCUGACAACGGAUCCAAAAUUACCAGCUACCUGUUGGAAUGGGAUGAGGGAAAGAAGAACAACAUCUUCAGAGAAUGUUAUUUUGGCAGCCAAAGGCAUCACAAGCUGACGAGGUUGUGUCCGGCCUUGGCGUACACCUUCCGGGUCGCGGCUCAGAACGACAUCGGCGUCAGCGAUUUCAGCACCGAGGUGGUCUUCCACACCACGGGCACCCUCCCCCAGCUGCCCCAGGCCCCGCGGCUUGUCCGGGCCGGAACCACCUGGAUAACACUGGAGUGGGCCCGACCCGAUGGCUGCACGGCUGAAGAGGUGGUCACCUACACGCUGGAGAUCCAGGAGGAGAACAAUGGAACAGAAUUUCAUCCAAAGUACACUGGAGAAAACUUGACAUGUACUGUAGACGGACUGAAGAGGAGCACGCAGUAUAAGUUCAGGCUCAUAGCCUCCAACGUGGAGGGCAGGAGUAGCCCCAGUGAGGUCCUGGUUUGCCACACGAGUCCCGACAAGCCCGGCGCCCCCUCCAGGCCGGGCGUGAAGGGCGCCGUCACACCAUACGGCUUCUGCGUCAAGUGGGACCCUCCGCAAGACAACGGCGGAUCGGAGAUCUUGACAUACCUCUUGGAAAUUUCGGAAGGAAACUCUGACGCUUGCCAGUGGGAGGUGGCGUACAGUGGCCCUGCCACAGAGUGUGACUGCGAUCACUUGAAACCAGGCACUUUGUACAGACUGAGACUCUGCAGCAUCAGCACGGGAGGGCACAGCCAGUGCUCAGACAGCCUGCUGCUCCGGACUCUAAGCGUGGCUCCGAAUCCCUGCAAGCCCCCUAGGAUUGUGGGUAAAGCCAAGCACAAAGAGGUUCAGCUGCAGUGGGACUGCCCUUCCUCCGAAUGCGAAGUGACGGAGUUCAGCCUGGAGAUGAGCACGGCAGACGCCAAGCCGGCGGAGGUGUACCACGGGCCCGACCUGGAGUGCACAGUGGCCAGCCUGCUUCCCGGCGCCACCUACAGCUUCCGCGUCUGCGCCACCAACGAAGCCGGGUUUGGCGCUUAUUCGGAUCCAACGGAGGUGACCACUGCUGCAGGUCCUCCAGGCCAGUGUGGGGCGCCCUUACUGACAGUCAGGUCCAGCUCUUGCAUUCUGGCCAGUUGGGAGAGCCCCGAAAACCUCGGCGUCGACAUCUCCGAGUACCGGCUAGAGUGGAGUCGUGAGGAGGGUGUCUUUGAGCUGGCGUACUGCGGUACCGACACCCAGUGUGAAAUAUCCAACCUGACGGCCGCCUCGCAGUACUGGUGCAGGCUACAGGCGGCCAAUCAGGCGGGAGCAGGCCCCUAUAGCGAGACGGUGAGCUGUCACACCCCAGCCUCGGCACCCGAUGCCGUCUCCGUCUUCUGCCUGGUGGAGCCGGACCGCCUGGACGGGCAGCUCUUCUCGCCGUCGCACUGCCUCGCCGUCAAGUGGCAGGAGCCGUGCAGCAAUGGAGCGGCGAUCACGUCCUACAUCAUUGCGCUGGAGGACCGCCUCAUCACCGUGGAGCCGGCUACCUGCUACACCAUCGACGGGCUGCAGCCAGACAGUGCCUACAGCCUGCGGAUACAGGCUGUGAACGAGAUCGGCGCCAGCUCCUUCUGCGCCCCUCUCCAAGCCCGGACCCGGCCCCUGCCCCCAGCGCCCCCCCGCUUGGAGUGCUCUGCCACCGGACCUCAGAGCCUCAAGCUGAAAUGGGGGGAGAACGGCGGGGCACGGACCCUUAACAACAAUGACGACACGGCCUUCGCCCUGCAGAUGGAGGACAAGAACAGACGGUUCACGACCAUCUACCGGGGGCCCAGUCACACCUACAAGGUCCAGAGGCUGACGGAGUCCAGCAGCUACAGCUUCCGGAUACAGGCGCUGAGCGAGGCAGGGGAGGGCCCUUUCUCCGAGGUCUACACCUUCAGCACCACCAAGUCCGUGCCGCCGGGACUCAAAGCUCCCAGAGUGGUCCAGCUGGAUGGAAACGCAUGCGAGGUCUCCUGGGAAACGGUACUGCCCAUGAGGGGAGAUCCGGUCAGCUACAUCCUCCAGGUUCUGGUUGGAAGAGAGUCCGAGUACAAGCAGGUGUUUAAGGGGGAGGAGAACAUGUUCCAGAUCUCCAGCCUGCAGACCAACACGGACUACCGCUUCCGCGUCUGCGUGUGCCGCCACUGCCAGGACAGCGGGCAGGAGCUCUGCGGCCCCCCCAGUCCCCCCUCCCUGCUCACACUGCGCCGCUGCGAGCCGCAGCUCCCCGCCGAGGCUCACGUGGGCCACGCCAGCCCGGCCGUGGGCCUGAUCUCCUCGGACGAGCGAUUUGCCGCCGUCAUUGUCCUUGGCUUCGCCGGCCUCUCCAUCCUCAUCGCCUUCAUCCUGCAGUACUUCUUCAUGAAGUGAGGGAGAGCAGGACCAACGAUGGAGGGAGUCUGAUGAAGGGAUUUGAGGGCAAAGACAAGAAUCCCGUGAAACUUGAGGUGUAUUUUCUACACCACGCAUCAUAGUCCCAAUACAUAUUCAGGCUUUCUUUCCGUUUCGGUCUUUAUUUGUUCUCUUGCAUUACCGCCAUCUCUCACUCUUUUUUUCUCCCUCUCUCUCUAUCUCCCCCCCUCCCCCCUCGCUCAUGGCAUAUGGUUCAAGCGAAGCCUUAGCUCUUUGCUGCCCCUGUUUCAGGAAAGCCAAUCGAUUAACCACCCUUCAAACGGAGCAAGCACAGUUGCUAACAGACUGAUGUGCAUGUUUUUUUUUUUUUUUAAUUUUGUAUCAUUUUGAAAUGUAUAUGAUUAAGAAAGUUUAUUUUCCAUUACGUUCAUACAACCACCUUACCGUAGCGUUUUAUCCGAACUUGCUUUCGUUUCGUCAUACUCUUCGUAGGCAUGUUAGCGUUAACAAUGUACUGAUCGUCCUGUGACUUAACGUCAUGAAUAAUAUGUACAAAAAAGAGUUUGACACGUGUUGUUAAAUUUUGUUUUAUUAUUAUUAUAAUUUUUUUUUUAUUUGCAGUUUGAUGUGCUAUGUUUCGAUGACUGAAAUCACAGUGCUCGGAAAACACCGACUCCAAUUCGCAUCGUCAUCAUUUUUUCGGCGAUUUGAUACCAGCAUUAAGCUGCAAAAGCAGGCUGCAAUCCAAGUGUGGUUUAAGUGAUGCUGCUAUCCUAUGUUUUUAAAGAAUGAAACCAGUUAUCUAAUAUAUACAUGUGUAUCGAAAUAUAUAAAUUCUAUAGAUGUAAUAUAAGUGACAUUGGAUUUGAAGUAACGAUUAAAUUGCUUAGGAGUC